CCAACAGCACCUGCUACUUAGUAGUGUUUAUUACCUGUACAUAGCAGCCAGAUAGACCGUUGUUACAAUAGGUACUUUCAGUUCUGACUGCCUUAUGAUCAGAGUGUGCUGAAAUUCCUUAAUAUAUGUAUACUUGUAUACUAUACAGAUAGUGCGAAGUGCUUACUGUGAAUGCGGAUUACAGGGCUUACUGUCCUUUCAGUAAGUCAGCGACGUACAGUAGUUAAAUUUUUCUUUUCGACGUAGUUAAAUUUUUCUUGUUUGCUUUUCGCAUUUGGCAGAAUCAAGACUACUGUUACAGCCCUGUGUACUUCACCACAGAAUCGCCGAUGCUAUUCUUUGUUUAUGAGCCUUAUGGCUAACCGAGCCGACGAUCAUACUGCUAUUCCGUUCCAGUUAGCUGAUAAACUGCAUGUCAGUAGAAAAUGGUACGUCUUCAAAGCCAGGAGAACGGAUAAUAUUCCAGAGGGUGCCUGUAACAUCGUCGUCAAGCUGAUUGCACUUCCCGAUUGUGCUACAACGAGGAGCACCCUAAUUAGCCGACUGAAUAAACAGUACAAAGGUAUUCUUGAACUGCAGCAUCUACACUUGGUCCAUCAUUUGCAACUGCAACAACGUUCCAUGCAGAUCUUCAAUAUGGCCGGCGAAUGUCCUGUUGAUUAUUACUGCAUACUAACGGAAUAUUGUCAAGGUACCGAAAAGUUGCAGAAAGCACGAUUUAAUAUAGAUCUUUCAGUCACGUUUUCGAAAGCCGUUUUUUAACUGUUUCAUCAUUUAUAAUAUUAUUAUCUUUCCGUUUGACCGCGAAAGAUAACAGAAAGGGAAAGAUAAUAGAAAGGAGAGUCAAGCAAACCAAAAUUAAUUUAAAUGAUGAAGCCGACGUCCAUAUUGGUCAUAAUUAUGAUAAAAGCGUUUUCUUGUAUUCGCACAGGAAGCCGGUUUUUGCGUGACGUACAUGUGUCGUGUUUUGACUCUCUCGUUUGUGCAUAAAUCCUGUAGUUGCCCUUUAAGUAAAAUUAUAUGUAGCGUUUUAUGUUUUUAAAUUGUACAUACCUAUUGUCACGUGUAGUAUGUCUGUUGGUCAUAAGCGCAGCCAUACAUGUACAUUCCCAGUGAUUACGUAAUUCCAGUAUGAAUCAGAAUAAGCAACCAAUUAUGAGGGAGCAAUAGCCCAGCUGAAGAUGGUUAAGCCUUGUUUUAGCACUUUAAAGUAAUCGAUGAUUUCUUGACCUAUGGUUUGUCUAUGGAUUAUGAUAAUUGUCUUGUGCUGUGAAUCACUCAGGUAGGCGGCUCUGUUAUGUUUCCCGUAGAGUCCGUUGUUAAGCUGGUAAGGUGAACUGGUAAUCUGACUGUCUUGAAAGUUGUGAAGUAGUUGGCCGUUUGGAUGUCUACAAUGAAGAUGGAAAGACCGGAAACGGUCAGCCUGUCUAAUAUGAUUAGCGACGGUGGUUUGAGUAUUAAAGGUGGGACACUGCACGAUGCGGUACAAAACCCAGAUUUCGAUGCAAACAGGUACGCCGCGCGCUGGACGAAGCAGAUCGUAGCCGGCUUAGCCUUUCUCCACGCUAACCGUAUCGUCCAUCGCGACAUCAAAGGCAGCAACAUUGUCCUGUCCUCUGCCGACUACGCUAGGUGCAUCCUGAAGAUCGGCGACCUCGGUGAUAACAAAGAGUUGGAGACGGCCAUGACCCGCUCCAACGAAGUCUCCACGAAUCACGGCACCGUCGGUUUCAUGUCGCCGGAGAUCAUGGGCGGCGAGCUUAUCGGCCAUAAGGGAAGAUCGGGAGGAAGACGGAUAUCUGGAGUGUGGGCUGUGUGGUGAUCCAAAUGUUUUCGCGAAGCCCUCCGCAGUUUAUUCGACGUGAUGCCGGUCAACCUCCUACCGUCAUAACGGAGCCGAUGCAGAUUGUGUAUUUCAUGGG